GCCAACCUUAAACGGGGGUGGUCAUGUUUCGACAUGGUGCUGAAUUAAUCACAAUUGUAAUUUUGCCUCUAUGGUUAAAUGUACAUUUUAGACAUUUAGCUGAUGCUCUUAUCCAGAGCGACUUCCAGGAGCCAUUAGGGUUAAGUGCCCUGCUUAAGGGGACAUCGUCAGAUUUUUUUUAUCUCGUCGGCUCAGAGAUUCUAACCAGCGACCUUUCAGUUACUGGCACAACGCUCUUAUCCGCUAGGCUACCUGCAGCCCUAUCAAUUUCCGGUUGGACAGUUUCUGACAGUCUGAAAUGUUUAUAAUAACUUGAUCCAUUGUAUUGUCAUGAGCGGCCCUGGAGACUGACACCGGUGUGCUUGUCUGCUGAGCACUACUCCUGAUGAAAUGGCCCCGACCUGAUGUCCAGGCGUCCCCUUGCUGAUGGUCUAUCCUCUUUAGAACCCAUUGGUUUAAAUGGAGAUGGCACUGCUCCCAGACAUCGCGGCCCGGCCUGGUCUCCUGGCUGGGAGUGUCCUACUCCUGGUCUUGGGGAGUAAUCCUUCCUGGGUUGUGGGGGACAACACAACUAAUAGUCUACCCUCUAACACAACUGCCCCAGGACCCAACAUUGCAGCUAUUGUGGCCCCGACUGUUAUACUGGGGCUGCUGGCCAUAGCAUCUGCUGUGCUAGUGUGGCUUUUCUGCGUGGUGAGGAAGAAGAGGCAGACGGAGGGGACGUACCGGCCCAGUGCUGAGGAGCAGACGGGGGCCAGCAGUGUUGAGAGACCAGACACACUCAAACUGCCCAAGGAGGAGAGACUCAUCUGAGCCUAGUCUCUCAGAAGUCUCUCAACACCUGUCCUGUACAUCCAAGCAACAGCAAAAUCCCGAUGACUGUAGAAGCUCCACCUAAAGAGCUGAUGAUUACCUAGAUAUUAGAGGGUCAUGACACAACGUUGACAGAUACAGGAUGGGACGAGAGGUACACAGCACCUAGCCCUGGAAGAGGAGGGCCCAGGCACUGUGUACUGUACGUACUGCAAGCACAUGGAAUAGUGCUAGUACAGGACUUGGACACAGACGUUGGGAUAGCUACAGCAAAUACCACAGCUUGUAACUAGAACUAAGGUUCAUGAGGCUCUGACUGCUUUCUCUAUGGUGUGUUAUUUAAUAGCACUGGAAUAUUUGAAUGGGAUAGACAUGUACACAAUCAUUCAAAUGGUCAUACUGGAAGAGGAAACAAACCUUCACCUGCACUAGAUGGAAGAGGACCAGUAUUCAGUCCCUGCUCAUACUCGUCUUUGAUAAAUACAUUUCAGUCUGAGUAUUUCAGUCCUCUGUCUAGGCAAUUUGGUUCUCUCAACAGCUACAAAAAGACUGCUGUUACCUGUGAUACCUUGAUACAUGUAAAAAAUUAUAUUGGAAUGUAAUGUAAAUGUUCGUAUAAAUGCCUUAUAGAUUACUUAAAUAUAUAGCGUGCAAUAAUAUUUGUUUAACCACUACUGAUUGUCAGAAAAGCAUUUAAUUGUCUAGAUUUUUACACUGAUUACUUACCUCAAUACAUGUCUCACUACUGAAUCAGUCCUGUAUCAGUCCUGUAUACAGCUUUACAGAUAAUGACACUGUAAGCUAAUAUUAUCUGGAAAACAUUUCUCCCAGUGGGAUAUUCUGUUUGCGGAUACUGUGUGCAGAACAAAUAAUUAUGUCAUUAUUAAUCAUAUUUAAGCACAAAAUGAAUGAUUGUUUACAUUUGAAUAAUUGUAUUGUAGUAUUUCAGAAUUUAGCAUUAAUUUAACAUUGGCUGAACUGUGAUACUACAUUAGAUCAUAUCUUCUAUGUGUGUUCUUACCAGUACGCUGUUUGUAUUUUGAAAAGCCUAUGAUGGGAUUCAAUUCUCAUCAUGUAGAGUUGUUAUACGAUGUCAUGACCUAUUUAUCUUUUGUAGCCAACAUUUUAAAUAAAUACCAAUAGUCAUUUUUAGAAUUGGC